GGGACGAGGCCGGAUAGAGCGGAGGGAAGAGAUUGGCAACAGGUUUCCCUGCACUGGCCAACAUACUUUAACAAACAAAGAGCUCUCUACAUAAAUCCACACAGAGAGACGCACAUGGGCACAUUCAUCAGACUCUAAGCGUCCUGAUUUUUUUUUUUCCUGAAUUUUUCUUUCUUUGUGGUUUCGUUUUUUGGGGGAGAUAGAUUUUGUUCCAUUUUGUGUUUGUUGUUGGAAUAAUAACAAUAAUAAAGAUGAUUAGGACCCUGGUUCAACAGGCAAAGAAGCACCCAGGGUUAAUCCCUCAGUUUUUCUUCAUUACUCUGGGCAUGACUGGAGCCGGCCUCUACCUGAUCCGUCUGGUGAGAGGACCUCAUGUCACCUUGUGGGAUAAGAAGAACAACCCAGAGCCCUGGAACAAGCUCGACCCAACCUACCAGUACAAGUUUGUGGCCGUCAACACGGACUACAAGAGCCUGAAGAAAGAGGGCCCUGACUUCUAAAGGUCCUCCAGGCAACUUCAGGGGCACCAAGUUUGGCAGGACCUCCUGUUGUCGCCGCUUUGAUGUGAAACUGCUUCCUCUACAUUUCCAGAGUCUCACCUCACACGCUCCACGACUCGACACAACCUCUAAAUUUACACCGUAACCUUGAAGACAAAAGCUAAAAGGCAGAAGGGUGGUUCUUUUUGUGUGUGGUCAUCUGUUAGAGUGCUUGGGCUCAGUUAAUAAUAUUAAUAAAAGUGGAUAAUUAACAUUAA